GUAUUUCGUCAGGAUAGAUUUAAAACGCAACCUAAAAAUGUUCCCAUCCAUAGCGAAGUCUCGAAUUUUCGCUAGGCUCGGUGGCCUAAUUGUAUGUCUUUUAAGCCUAAUUGUUCUAUGCCCUCAUUUUGCCCACGCCGCGACGUCUCUCAACCGAGAGGAGUGUUUUAGUGUGAUGUAUCCUCCGAGUGCGGCCUUUUUCGGUUCCCUCGGCGCCGUCUCGGCGGUGGUGUUUGCGAGCAUGGGCUCCUCCUACGGCGCCACGAAGGCAGGGGUCGGGGUCACCUAUCUGGGGAUUAAAAGUCCGGAAAAAAUCAUGCGUGGGAUUGUACCGGUUAUUAUGGCGGGUAUUUUAGGGAUUUAUGGUCUUAUUAUUGCAGUCAUUAUUAACAAUAACAUCCGUACUGAGCCCAACAGCUACUCCUCCUACACCGGAUUCCUUCAUUUAGGGGCUGGGCUGACCACGGGCUUGUCAUCGCUGGGGGCAGGGUUUGCCAUUGGCGUUGUGGGCGACACCGCCGCUCGGGCGUAUGGAAAGCAGGAGAAUAUCUUUGUCGCGAUGGUGCUAAUGCUCAUCUUUUCCGAAGCUUUGGGGCUCUAUGGUCUUAUUAUUGCCUUGUUGAUGAGCAAUAGGGCGAGUCGAUACACCGAUCUAUGUGCGUCGGCAUAA